AGGUGUCUCAGGGAAAAAAACCCAAACCAAAAUACGACAGAAGUCUGAAGAGGAAGUGGGUGUUUAUCUUUUCAUUACGUACUUCAAUUGAUUAGUAAUUUAUAAUAUAAUGUCUAAUGUAACCUUGCAUUACAGUGCAGGUAAUAGUACCUCAGAUCCAAAUGAUCGACCUGUCGUCAUUAUAGGACAGAUUGGACAUCUAACUACACUUUCAUUCGAGGCUGUUAAAACUAAAUUCGGCGCUCGGGUCGAUGAGGAGACUUUUAAAGUUGCUGUGUCGUCGCUGCAGCCAUCUCCAACUGAUCAUAUAUCAAUAUGGUUCAACAAUGCAACUGUUGCUUCUCUACCCCUGAAAGCUAGUAGGCAUAACACGCCCUCAAGAGCUCAUGCCAUUCCGAAGCUGGUGAAAGCAUACUUGACAAAUGUUGGAGAUGAGUGUGUAGUUAUUGUUUGUGAGCGGAAGUCAGUGUUUGCAUCUGGUUGUGCUGUUGCACGUGCGUUUCCGUUGUAUUCCCGUAAGACAGGUGCAAAUAAACUGCGGAAACGCACUGUAACUGUGGAAUUCAUUCUUGUUGGAGAGGGUAGCAACCAGAGCCUGAGCGAAGACGAGAUGAAGUGUUUGCAAGAGGCUUCCGAAGGCAUCCGUCUAACAGGCCGUAUAGUGGAUGCACCUUGCAACGAAAUGCACACAGAUGCUUUUAUUGAGGAAAUUAAAAAUGUUGGGAGAAGUUUGGGCAUUGAGCCAGUGAUUGUCAGAGGUGAAGAACUUGAUGAACGUGGUUUUGGAGGCAUCUAUGGAGUAGGCAAAGCAGCUGACCAUCCCCCGGCACUGGUUAUACUUAAACAUACAUCGGCAGCCGCUACUCAGACUAUAAGCUGGGUAGGCAAAGGUAUUGUCUAUGACACUGGAGGACUGUCAAUCAAAGGGAAGACUGCCAUGCCAGGGAUGAAGCGGGACUGUGGUGGUGCUGCUGCAAUCCUUGGUGCCUUUGUAGCUGCUGUUAAACUAGGUUUUAAAGAAAAUUUGAAUGCUGUGUUCUGUCUGGCAGAGAAUGCAGUUGGACCCCUAGCAACACGUCCUGAUGAUGUACAUAUCCUGUAUUCUGGGAGAUCUGUUGAGAUAAAUAAUACAGAUGCUGAAGGAAGGCUGGUUCUUGGGGAUGGGGUUGCUUAUGCCGUAAAAGAUCUGAAGUCUGAUAUUAUUCUGGAUAUGGCCACACUAACCGGAGCACAAGGCAUAUCCACCGGGAAAUAUCACUCCGCUGUACUCACCAACACGGAACAGUGGGAACAGGCAACUGUCAAAGCAGGUAAAAACAGUGGAGAUCUUGUCUUUCCUCUGGUUUAUUGUCCUGAGCUGCAUUUUAGUGAGUUUGGUAGUGCAGUUGCAGACAUGAAGAACUCAGUAGCAGAUCGUAGCAAUGCCCAGAGUUCAUGUGCAGGUCUGUUUAUUGGGGCUCAUAUUGGCUUUGACUACUCUGGAUCCUGGAUUCAUCUGGACAUUGCAUCCCCUUGUUACUCGGGUGAGCGAGCUACAGGAUAUGGGGUGGCUCUUCUGCUCUCCUUAUUUGGACGUGCUUCCGAAUCCAAGCUCCUGCAGUCUGUUUCACCAUUAGGAAGUCUAGUAGAAGACCAACUUGUCGAGAAUGCCAGCAAGAAGAUUAGAUUGGUAUAAAAACGUUCUGCAGAAUUGCCGUCUAAGUCCCAAGUUGAAAAGCUACAAGUUCUCUGUCAUUGCUUAACUGCUACCUCCAAGUUGUUACUAAAGAGUAGUUGCCAAAAUUAACAGGUAACAUUGAUUACCUAAUAUUUACACACCAGUGAAUAGGUGUUCAAUGAAAAUGAAAUAUAUGUAGGUGUAAGAUAUAUAUUCUUAAUAUACUUUUCCUAAAUUAUUUGGAACUGGUAUUGUUAGUCCCUCUUUACUUAAAUUACAUGUUACCAAAGCUACAUUUGUUAAACAGAAUUUUAAUAUUUGUACUGAAUUCUUUGUUUUUUCUUAUGAAAUAAGGACUGUGCCUUCACUAGAAAUAAUCACUGUAUUAAAUUAUAACUGAUUGGACUCUGAUAGAGUUCAUGUGCUCAUAAGUGAAUUCAUACAGUAUUUAAAAUUUAUAUUUUGAGAAAUGUUUUGAAAUAGAAUAUGAACGUGUUCGGCAGUGGCGUACCUGAGGGCUGUUAGAAGAACACUUUAAAUAACCUAUCUUCUUCACAUCAGGUGGCGCAUAAAGACACCAGAAUGCCAUCUUUUCCUAUCAGCUGUUGCAGGUGUUGCUCUUCCCCAUGUUAUUCGUCCACGAGCAAACUACUCCACAAAAUCUUGCGACCCAGAUUCCCUCACUCCAAAAUUUUCAUAGCAAAAGAAAAUUGCCUGAGACAAGAAGCCCAGGGCUGUAAUUUCUUCACAUUCCCCUCAUUUUUUUUGUCAUGCACCCACAAUCACACUUCCUCACAAGGUAAUACAGCUUAUACAGCUGGUUUCUGGACCUUUUUCAAUUCAAUUCUCUCUCUUUAUUGGGCACACCUUGUUAAUAAUGAGCAAAAUCAUACAUUUUCUGUAACUGUUCUUAAGUUGUGGAGUGUAUUGUCGCUGUGUGUUUAGAUCCUUUUCUAAUUGGUCUGUACAUGUAGUCAAGGGCUGGCCUUGCUUCCUUUUCCCAUGGGUUGGUUCCCAGAAGAGAAACCUUCUGUAGCAAUGUCCACUAGCAAAUGCUAAUUUUUUUUUCCCUUAAGGUUCUUGAUACAUAAUAAAAUAUGCUGUCAAUAUGGUUGCAUGGUAAAAUCUCAUUUUUAAUAGAAUGCAUAGCCAAGAUUUCCAAACAGUAAUCAUUUUUUGUGGCAGCAGACCAAGCCAUAGGCUUCCUUACACUCAAAUCAUUUUAAGUAGUGCAAAUUAAUGAUCCUAAAUAUUGGAAAACCAUCUAUUUAUUUGCUUUUUAAGAUGCACAUAAAUCAGAAUAGCUGGUAGGUUUUUUUGCUUUAAUGUCUUCAGAUAACUAAAAUAUGUGAGACUGUUUAUUAUUUAUGUACAUUGGGCUUAAUGUGGAUGUGUUAUUUUAUAGGAUCAGUGGAAAGCAUAUCUCUGAAGAGCUGUUCAUAUUAACUAAGUUGUGUCCACACUAUUAAAUUUUAAUUGAUAAAUACAUUAAAUCACUCAAAUUUGUCACAUAAAAUGUGAUAGACUAGUGUGAAAAGGGCUUUAGAAUCGUUUUAAUCACAAUUACCGAACCAUUGAGGUUUUCCAAAACAAUGCCAAAUAAAGAAAAACAUCAAAUACUUUAUUUUUUACUAUAUGUUUUCUUAAAAAAUUUUUUUGUUGUAGAACUUCGAAAUUGUAGGAAAAUAUUCACAAGUCAAUUCUUAAGAAUUUGUAUGAAUAUUAGAGUAGAGAAAUAAAUAGUUUUUUGCAUAAAUUAUUCUAAGAAUUCUGUUGUAAAGUGCUAACUCUGAUUCAUUCAAUCUUUGUAGUCAAAGCAGAAUACAGUACAGUAAUAAUAAACUGUAUGUUUUGCUUUGAAACAGAUUCUUGGUGAGAUUUCACUACACUACUGCAAAAUAAUGCAAACACAGCGCGGACUGAAAUUAAGAAAAAAAAUAUGAUCAAAUUGAUGUCGGAGAGUGCCAUUUCCGGCCAUCUAGAGGUGCCAUAUCAUAAAUUUUCUUACCUCAGCCCCAACGGUUGUCUAAUAACCCUCCAUCUGUGAAAGUCCCUCCCUGCCCCCCUCGCCCAUGUCAAAUUCCUGGAUCUGCCACUGUACUGUUGAAUAAUGUGCAUUUAUAAUGCACUAGUAUCUAUCAAAGAUGCUCAUGGUACAAGAUAGUUUACUGUAGGAAAAAUACAGCAAUGCCGAUUCACUAGCCAUCUUCUGAUUGCAACGAUAUCAGUUGAUAUUACCACUACUGAAGAAAAUCAUAUGCAGAUCUAAACAAUACUGUAAUUACUCAGGUUAAAUUUCUUAUUCCACAACUAAAACAAUAGAAAGGAGACGGUGGGGGAAGAGUGGUACAGUAGAUAUAAUCCUGGUGAUGGAACCUUCAAGAAUGCCUUUGCUUGCCCAAGGAAUUGUAUGUUGCUCCUUUAGGGGUCUCUGACUACUGCUGCCCUAACAUAUGUAAGCUAAACUUAAUCUAGUACAAUAUGAAAAGUGAAACCAAUAAUUAUAUAAAUUUGUAUUUAUUAUAACGAGGAAGUGAACAAGUGGGUCUUGAGCUGAUCCUGGAUACGUUUUGCUACGUUGCUGAUAUUUGAUUUUGUACAGAAAAACAACUAAGCAUCUUUAUCUUGCCAAUCUUGUGCAUUUGUGUUGAGACAAGUGUGUACUGCAGGCCCUGUUCUGAUUGGCCUGUUGUUAAGCUUGGUUUUUAUUAAUUUUGAGUUCAAAUGUAAGUAAUUUGUUUUUAUUUUGACAUCACUAAGACAUGACAUGUAACAUCUACUACUUAUUUGAUUAUCUGUAUCUUAAAAUAAUUUUAAUCUGGUGACAAAUACUGUACUAAAUUUUUGUAGCUGAGUGUAUAAAAAUUGAUUGUAACCUUAACCAUUUGUGUAACCACUAUCGUAAUUGUUCCCCCUCCCCCUAAUUAUAAGAAACUGCUGUGUUAAAAAUGAUUGAAUUGUAAUGAAUACUAUGCUGAGUGUAAUUAUGAAACCGUUUUUGUUUGUAGUCCUCAUGUUGCAAUAAAUAACAUAAUGAGAAA